CUGACACAUUUCCUUUGAGGGAGGGCGAUGGGCUCGGAGACAUUCUUGGGAGCUGAAAGGAGAAAUAGUUGAGCUUGGUUCCAGUUUGAGGGAACAGAGGGUUCCAGCUUGGUCUGGGAGUGCCAAAAGAAUCCAGUCCUCCCCCACUUCACAGAGGGAAGAGAAGAUGCGAGGAGCGAUUCCCCUGUGCGUCCUUCUGCAUGCCAGCUCUGUGCUGUGCGGUGCGGAGCAGCCCCGGCGCAACCACACUUGGUGCGAAGGCUCUGGCGCCUGCUACAGUGUCCACCUUGCCCAAGUGCCCUUCAGCAGAGCCCAGAAGGCCUGCGCUGUGCGCGGGGGAGCGCUGAGCACGGCCAGCGGGGAGGCAGAGGUGCGGGCCAUCCUCGCCCUGCUGAGAGUGGUGGCAGCCGAGCCCGGCUCCUGGAUGUUCUGGCUCUGGCUGGUCAGGGGAGUGCAGCAAUGCACCCAGAUGGAUUGGCCGCUGCGGGGCUUCUCAUGGCUGGCGGGCCCCCAGCAGGCGCCCCAGGGAGAGCCCAAGGAGCUGGACAAGUGGGUGAAAGAGCCGAGCAGGUCGUGCAUCACCCGGCGGUGCGCGGGGCUGCAGGUCACUGCGGGGCGCCAGGACCUGGAGCCCUGGGGUUGGAAGGAGCUGGCCUGCAGGGACACCACCACCCAAGGCUAUGUGUGUAAGUACCAGUACAACGGCACCUGUCCAGCUCCGCGGCCCCAGGGCGCCCGCAGCCUCCUCUAUUCGCUCCCUUACCAGCUGCACAGCGCCGCCCUGGACUUCAGCCCCCCGGGCACUGAGCUCGUGGUGGCCUGCUCCGGGCCCCGGGGAGACGUGCGGCUGCUCUGCGAGCUGGGGCAGGGCGGCUACAACUGGACGGGCGCUGGGGAGCAGCUGUGCCCUUGCCCCUCCGGGUACCAGAGCCCCAGCACUGGAGCCUGCAUGGAGCCCAGAGACUGCACCAGCGCCCAGGGCGCUUUCCUCUGCGUGUGCGCCCGGGGCUUCCUCCUGGGGGCCGACAAGAAAUCCUGUGUGCGCCCCGGGUACAUCGGGGGCUCGGCCACAGCGGCACCCGACCCGACCCUGUCUGCGGGGAGGACUGUCCCCAGCAGCAGCUGGGGUGCGCCUUCCUCCCCCUCCAGCUCUCAGCCAAGCACAGCUGGGGAGGUACAGUCCUCGUCCUCCCCCACGUAUGUCUUCAUCUUGGUCGCCAUGGCUGUGGUGACGGUGGUGAUCCUGGUCGGGGCCGUGCUGGUGGUCUUCAAACUCUGCUUCACUAAGAGCCCCUCCUCGGCUAGCGGGGCCGGCAAGGAGCCGGCUCCAGCAGCAGCCGCAGAGAGUGAUCCAGAGGCCACCACCACCAGUUCCGAGAAUUCCUUGGAGGCCCGGGGAGACACGGCAGAGAGAUUGCAGGGCGAGCCCAGCCCAGAGGAGGAAGCUCCACUCGGGAAUUAAGAACCUCUAGGGCACCAUGGACCAUGGAAGCUUAAUUUGAAAUGAACCAGCCCUGACUUUCCUUUCGUGUGAGUGACCCCAGGCUGACCUGGCAGCUCCCACCCAUUUGGAGGGAGGCUUCUUCGUGUCAAGGCGUCUCUCUGGGGAGGAAGGAUUUGGCGAUGUUUCAAUGAAACCCUGAACAUCUCAUCGCCUGGUUUUGUUGUUUUUUUAAACAUAUUCAUGUAAAUUGCCAACGGUCUUGUCAGACGUGCCCAUGCCAAUGCCCUGACGAAGGAAGGGUCUGGCUGGGAUCUCUGCAACACAGGGCUUGAUGUGGCCUUUAAUGCAUUUAUGCUUUAUGGCCAAAAUGGUCAGACUUGGGUGCUGAAAGUUAAGCACUUAAGCGGCUUGUUUUUCAGGGGUUCCGAGCACCUGCAGCUUCUGGUAAUUUCCCUGGGAGUUUUUAAUCACAUUCUGAAAAGCAGGUCACUUAUUUAGGUGCAUACUUAAAUAAAAUAUAGAGGAUGGGGCCUGAGUUUCAGAAGGGCUGAUCACCAGCACCUCCUGUUGACUUCAACUGGAGUUUGGAUUCUUAGCAUCUCCGGGAAGCAACCAAGUUUGAAAAUGUUAACCAAGAUGCCUUACAAGUUGUAAAUUAUGCCUUGAUGUAGAAUAUUUGAGAGGUACUUGGGGGCUUUAAUUUUAUUUUUAAUUGUUGUUUGAACAUUUGGAGAUGUAGGCAUCCAUAAUUUUGGAGGAAACUCAGAUCCAAACACUGUUUAGCCAGACUUUUUUUUUUUAAUGUUCAGUUCAUUACUGUAUUUGAAAAAUCAUUAAAUUGCAGAUGGGGAGGUAGGCUAAUGGGAAGUUAAUUUUGUAUCAGUCUAUGGAAGAAAAAUAAAAGAUGUUUUAGAACCUAAA